AUGGAUGCUUUUCUAACUGGGCUCACUCGGCAGGCCAUGAAUUAUGCCAUUCGGUCAGGCAUUGCGAUAACUGCUAGCUAUGCAAUGCGUCAGUCGUCGCGCUUGCUCAGAAAUGUCAAAAGUGAGGAUCGAGAUGAGCUAGUCGCCUUGCAACAACGCCUAGAAAGCAAGAUACAAGUUAUUGCCCCAUCUAUUGACAUGAUUGAAUUGAUUGCUGCUCGAGGAAAUACGUCAUUGGAAUCUGCUGUCGCCCUCACAAAAUCCCUGAGAUGGGACAUUCAAGCCCUAGGGCAGCGACUGGGAAGAGCCGCGGCAUCUGAAGAGUUGAGACGCAAAGGAGCCAGAUCGGCCAAAGAUCAGACGAACAGCGAUAAAGAAAUCAAGCUUAUUAUCAAAGAUAUUAAGAAGUUGCUGGCUCGAAUUGAGGAUACAGUGCCACUGAUGAACCUGGCCAUCACCACCUCUGGGGCCAAGUUAUCCACCAACUUGCCCGCAACGGUGUCGCCAUCCCGACUCCUCCAAGCAAGCACGUUUCUCACGGCAGGCGAUACACAAUAUUCAAUGACCCCAGCCCAAGCAGUCCAAGUAGGGCCGACUUUUACCUUAUCGAUGUACAUGCUAUUUGCCAGCCACUUACGACCUCAUGACGAAGAAUCCGUCCGCGAGGCCACGUGGAAGGAAGUCAUGCACAAGGCACGUUUGAAGCUGCGCCGUGUUCCAAUAGAUUCAUUGCAGUCUCCAGAUCAACGCCCAAGAACAAAACUUCCAGGAACAGCCGGGGCCGAUGAAUACUACUAUCAAGUCCUUAUCAUCGAGGACCUAGAUGAUGGCCGAGUCCACACAUUCGACGAGAAUGAUCCGCAGCCCCAAAACUAUGAAGGUGUUUCAACGGCAGGAAUCCGGGAGAUACUUCCUAUUCAUCAAAUUUCAAAAAUCUUCUACGCAGACACCGGAAGGAUCCUCAACAUCAGCACAGAGGGCGAAACAAACAACCCGGUACUACUAUUGAAACGGGACCUAAAUGCUCUCCCGCCACGACGCAUGAUGGAACGCGACGAGGUAGAGGAAUUUCCUGAAGCAGAACCCGAGGAACCAGAGGAUGAGGAGCAAGCUCAACUCGAUGCACAGCUGAACGGAUACGACAAUCCCGAAACCAGAAGCUUCAACUAUCUGCAUGAAGACUCCAUACCCGAAGAAUGGCGUCUACCUCCUGGACUAGAUCCAGAAUGGAUAGCAUUUGAAGUCUAUAACGAAGAUGAAGCCUCCGAUACCGAGUCCGAGGCUGAAAAUCCCGAAUCCUCCACCGAUGAGCCCUCCCUCGACCCAAACAUGAUGGCAAAGCUGUCGCUUAAUGAGAAAGGACAUUCAUCACACGCUCCAUCUCCUCUAAACCAGUCAUUCUCAUCCGCCGCCCCCACAACCACAGUCUCCAACCCUCACUUCGAAAACAUCCGCACCUCCCUCUCCCUCCUCGAAACCCUCCUCCGCCUAACAUCCCUCCAGCAAUUCCAGCAACAAUCCCACCUCUCCAUCAGCGACGAGCUCCUCAACUUCUUCCUCGAAGAAUCUUCCACCACCGGCGCCGGUGGCGACGAGCAGCAUCGCCAGCGCCUCCGCUCCGAGGCCCGUCGUCGCGUCGGCUGGGAUCCCUACAAUGAGAGCCCCGUCAAACACCGCGGCGAGGAUUAUCAGUACGGCUGGGAACCUGGUAGUAGUCCCCAAUAUGGCGGCGAUCCUUACUCGCCUAGUGGGCGGGCGCAGGGAUUCCGUCUUCGUUCUAGGGAGAGUACGCCAGAGACGCCGGUGCGCCAAGGCUCGCCGAGCGUCCGUCCAGGUGGUCUGCGUGGUAUGAGGCCGGCAUAUGCUGAGUCGCCCCUUUCGAAAAAGAUGGGUAGGUCUCCGAAUGAUGGAGACCUAGAGUCUGGCACUACAAAUUGA